AUGAUGUUCGAUCGAAAACUUCUCACUGCUAUUCAAUCAUUAUUACCGGUUCAAAUAUUUAUUUGCUAUUGUUUUGUUGUCAGCGGUUUAAUUGUUAAUUUUGCUCAAUUUCUCUCAUGGAUAUUUAUUUGGCCGUUUAGUAGAAAAAUGUAUCGCCGAAUAAAUUACCAUUUGGGAGCAUUAUUAUGGAGUCAACUGACUUUUCUCUAUUCAUGGUGGUCAGAUUCCACUAUAAAAAUCUAUGCUAAUCCACAGGAUGUCAAAGAUCUUCAAAGCGAAUAUGCAAUUAUACUGGUCAAUCAUCGAUAUGAAAUCGAUUGGCUUGUCGGCUUAGUGGCUGCUCAAGAAAUAGGUUUACUUGGAGGUUUAAAAAUCGUUGGAAAACGUUCUCUCAGUUUAAUACCAGUUCUUGGUUGGUCAUGGCUCUUUUCCGAAUCGAUCUUUUUACGUCGUAUUUGGGAAAAUGAUAAAAGAGUAUUAGAACAUGAUAUUCAACAACUUCUUAAUGGCUAUCCAGACAAUUAUUAUUUUAAUUUUUUGAUGGCUUGCGAAGGCACUCGAUUCACAGAAGCAAAACGUCUUGAAAGUAUGAAAGUUGCACGUGAAAAAAAUUUGCCAGAAUUAAAAUAUCAUAUACUACCACGAACAAGAGGUUUCACCAUGAUCAUGCGAGGAGCCAAAGGAAAAAUACCAGCUGUGUAUAAUUUUAUGCUUGGUUUUACAAAGGAUAGUGCUCCAGCAAGUUUUCGUACAUUACUCAAAGGACAUUCCUGUAAAGCUCAACUUUAUAUCAAACGUCAUCCGACUUCACAAAUUCCAUACGAGGAUGAAGCGAAAUGUGGCGAAUGGAUUCAAAAACUUUUUCAAGAAAAAGAUCGCAUCUAUGAUAGUUUUGUUCAACAUGAUGAUUUUGAUGGUCUUGGUGCACCAGAACUCCCUAUUGUUCGCAAUUAUUCUGACCUAUUGAUUCAAUUCUUUUGGCUUUUAACAAUUGGUAUUCCAUCUUUGAUUUGGUUUAUAAACUUUAUCAUACACAGUACAUUAUUGGCUAAAAUCAUCGUUGGAUCGGUGAUUCUCGUGAUUUAUGCAGUCAUACAAUUGAUGAUUAAUAUGUCGGUAAUUAAAAGCGAUGAAAAAAUAAAGAAGAAUAAAUAA